AUGGCCUCCAAGAAAGGCAAGGGCCCUUCCAAGGGCAAGCAGCCUGCUAAGAGACAGCCUUCUAAACGGGUUCCUGUGGCCGUUUCUUCUUCUGAUGAUGAGGGGGAAGAAAAUUUCCAUUUUGAAAUCCUGAAACGCCUUGAGGCUUUGGAGAAAGCUAAGGGUGGUGAUCCUGGUGCUGUAGAAGCGCAGAAGCGCUCUAGGCCGGUUAGAGCUGCCUCCAAGUCAGCUUUUCGGAUGGAGGUCUUAAAACGGAUUUCUGCCCUUGAGUCUGCAGCUGGAGCGGCUGGAGCUGGACCCAGUCAGGAGAUGGAAGCCGAACCGUCAGAGGAUCCUGCUGUGGCUGCGGUGGAAUCGGGCGAUCUAGGUGAAGGGGAGCAGGUGGCUGUGGCCGUACAGCCUGCCGGUGUGGAGGGUGUGGCAGGGCGUCCAGAUCGGAAGCGGAUCCUUGUUGUGGGACACAGUAUGGUGUUCUGGGCCGCAGCGCAUGCCAGAAAAUCACCGAUUGGAUCUCAGCUCGGGCUGAGCGACGGUGCCGUCAUUGAAUGGUGCGGCCGACGGGGGCUUCGAUGGGCAGGGUUGUUGCCGCUUUUGUUCAGGGGAAGGCGGGGUCCUCCCCCGCAUGUUGUUUUAAUUCAUUUGGGUGGCAAUGACCUUGGCCUUUUGAAAGGUCGGGCCCUUUCGGCGCAAGUGAUUGCCGACUUCCGGGUGAUCAAGGCACGUUGGCCGCGUACAUACAUAUUUUGGUCCGCAAUGCUCCCUCGAAGGGUAUGGAGAGAGACCCUCGAGCCUCGGGGCAUGGCGCGGGCCUUGCGCCGGGCCAAUAGGGCCAUUCAGAAGGCUUUAGCCGAGGGGUUGGGGAUUUUUCUUCCGCACCCCAGGAUUCGGGCCGCUUCUGCCAACCUUUAUAGGUCUGACGGGGUUCACCUGUCGGCGGCAGCACUGUUGGCAACUAUAGAUGAUGUUGACUUUGCUGUUAUCAUAAAUGACAACUUAAAUUGA